GCGCGUUCGGGUGUCUCCGGCACGGCAGUGACGCCCCGGAGAAGGGAGGGUGCUCGUGGUCCCGCCUCAGCCGGACAUGCGGCUGCUCUCGCGAGCUCUCCGCGCGGCGCAGGGCUGCCGGGCCGCCGCGCUGCCCCCUCGGAGCCUCCAGGCAGCGCCGGCCAGGAGCAGCGCAGCGGGGAGAUGUCCACCCCAGCCGUGCCGCAGGCUGAGCGCCCGGCCCGGCCUGGACGAGCUGUUCGCUGCCCCGUCCUUGCGCCGGCUGCUGGAGGCGCGGACGCAGGGCGCGGGCGGGGCGGCGCCGCAGCUGGCGGCGAGAGUGCGGCGGCUGCGCGACAAGGAGCGCGAGCUGCGCGACACGCGCGAGCUGGCGCGGCAAGAUGAGAAUGAAGAUUUACGGAAGCUUGCAGAAAUGGAAAUUACCUCCUGUGAAGAAGAGAUAGCUGAACUAAAACAACAGAUAGUGUUGCUUUUGAUUCCUUCAGAAGAAACAGAUGAAAGUGAUCUGGUCAUGGAAGUAACUGCUGGAGUUGGAGGGCAGGAAGCCAUGCUGUUCACUUCGGAGAUAUUUGAUAUGUAUCAACGAUAUGCUGCCUAUAAAAAAUGGAAAUUUGAAGUAUUAGAAUACUUCCCCAGUGAAAUAGGUGGCCUAAGACAUGCAGUAGCCAGUAUAGCAGGUCUCGAGGCUUACAAAUACAUGAAAUUUGAAGGAGGAGUACAUCGUGUUCAGCGGGUACCAAAGACAGAAAAACAAGGACGCAUUCAUACCAGCACAAUGACUGUUGCAAUAUUACCCCAACCCACUAAGACGAGGCUGCAAAUUAAUCCAAAAGAUCUACGGAUAGAAACAAAGCGAGCUAGUGGAGCUGGAGGCCAGCAUGUCAAUACCACAGAUAGUGCUGUAAGGAUAGUUCAUAUUCCAACAGGAAUCGUGUCUGAAUGUCAGCAAGAAAGAUCUCAAAUUAGAAACAAAGAGAAAGCUAUGCAAAUGCUAUAUGCUAAACUAUACAAUGCCAAACUAGAAGAAGAAACUAAAAAGAGAAACAGUGUUCGAAAGAUUCAGAUUGGGACUAAAGGAAGAUCAGAAAAGAUCAGAACAUACAACUUUCCACAGGACCGGAUUACGGACCAUAGAAUAAGCAAAUCAGUGCAUCAUGUUGAGUCUUUCAUGCUAGGAGAAGAAAUACUAGAUGAAAUGAUACAAACUCUGAGAGAAUAUGCUGAUUUUGAGUCUUUAAUGGAAAUUAUUUCAGAAAAUGAAAAAAAAAAUUCCUCCUGAACAUUACUCUUUCUCAGCCCAUUAGAACAGAUGUUGUAAGGUCUGCAAGGAAGCUUGUUGGAGUACCACCCAGAAAAUGGAACUGCUUUUCAGGUCAUGAAAAACACCACAACUUCUUUCCUCAUGACUAAUAAACAGUUUUCUUACUUG